AUGCUGUGUGCUCGCGUUUCGACUGUCCGGCCCGUGGCCAAGUCCGGUGUGCGCAUCGCUGCGCGCCCCACCAUGCGCGUCGUGCGCAUGAGUGCUCAGCCGGAGCAGGCCCAGGCGAUCCUGAAGGACGCCAUCAAGGAGGCAGAGGAGGUCUGCGAGGGUGGUGCUGUUGGCGAGUGCGCCGCUGCCUGGGACAACGUGGAGGAGAUCAGCGCUGCCAUCUCUCACAAGAAGGACCAGGACGCCGCCACCAACGCCAACGACCCCCUCGAGCAGUUCUGCGGUGUGCAGCGCCAGCAUGGCACGGGGCGAAUGCGGCAGGGCUGUUGCAAGGGUGGAUGA